UUCCUAUUGGUUAAAACUCUCCAGGGAGCCUCGUGAUUGGUCUACUGUUCUUCAAUGCUGCUCAUAACUUCCUGCUCACACGGAGAUCUUCAAUACUACAAAAGUAAAAAGUUUUAACAACAUCUAAAGCGCCGAUGUAUUUGACAUCACAGAACUCAAGAUGAUACACUGUAGCCGCGGCGCGAAGCUCGCGCUAUUAUGCGUUACAAUGUUGCACUGCGUCUCCGGUGAGUUUCACACUUUGGCGCAUCUGAGAGCGCGAGCCAGCGAUAAAACUCAGUCCAGGGCUGUGGCGGAUCUGCUCAAGCGACUGCUGGGGAACCGGUCACGAGAUUUCAUCGUGUCGGUCAACGGCACUCUGUCCGAUGACGGGUUGGACGUGUGUGAGCUGCGGUCCGCAAGAAACGAAAAGAUAGUGGCGGUGGGCAGCACGGGGGUCGCGGUGGCGGCCGGGAUAUAUAACUAUCUGAAGUACUUCUGUAACUGUCACGUGUCUUGGUCCGGAGAUCAGUUAAAUGUCCCGCGACCUCUGCCUCCUCUCACCGGCGUUCUGCGCAUCAGUACUCCUCACAGGUUCAGGUAUUAUCAGAACGUGUGUACCCAGAGUUACUCCACUGUGUGGUGGGACUGGCCAAGAUGGCAAAGAGAGAUUGACUGGAUGGCGCUGAAUGGCAUAAACCUUCCUCUGGCAUUCAACGGGCAGGAGGCGCUGUGGCAGGAGGUGUAUCUGUCUCUCGGACUCAACCAGACUGAGAUUGAUCACUUCUUCACAGGUCCUGCUUUUCUAGCGUGGAACCGCAUGGGGAACCUGUUUCAGUGGGGUGGAACACUUCCUCAGUCCUGGCAUAUCAAACAGCUCAAUCUGCAGUUUAGAAUCUUGGGCCGAAUGAGAGCUCUUGGAAUGAUACCUGUUUUACCCGCCUUUUCAGGGAUUGUACCUGAAGGUAUUUCCAGGUUAUUUCCCAAAGCAAACGUGACCAAGUUGAGUCCCUGGAGUCAUUUUAACUGUAGCUACUCUUGCGCUCACAUGCUGGACCCUCGAGAUCUGCUCUUCCAGCGCAUCGGAGCACUUUUCUUAUCUCAGGUCGUUAAAGAGUUCGGAACAGAUCACAUUUACAACACAGACACCUUCAACGAGAUGAGCCCGGCGUCCUCCGACCCCGCUUACCUGGCGUCUGUGAGCCGGGCAGUUUUCAGCACAAUGACUUCAGUGGAUCCUCAAGCAAUUUGGCUGAUGCAGGGUUGGCUUUUUCUCAGCGACCCUUCGUUCUGGAAACCCGACCAGGUCAAGGCCUUGUUACAUGGCGUUCCCCUGGGACGAAUGAUUGUCCUGGACCUCUUUGCUGAAUCCAUGCCCGUCUAUCCUUCCACUAUCUCCUUCUACGGCCAGCCUUUCAUCUGGUGCAUGCUGCACAAUUUUGGAGGGAACAGCGGUCUGUUCGGAACGGUGGAGAGAAUUAACUCCGGCCCCUUUGAAGCCCUCCGCUUCCCAAAUUCCACCCUGGUGGGUUUGGGUAUGGCCCCCGAGGGCAUCGAACAGAACCCGGUGGUUUACGAGCUCAUGAGCGAGAUUGCCUGGCGCAAGGAACCCGUGAACCUUUCUAAGUGGGUGUCACUGUAUGCUUUGCGUCGCUAUGGAAGCAUGGAUGAGAACCUGGCGUUGGCGUGGCGACUGUUGUUUCACAGCGUGUACAACUGCACUAUUCUGCCAUACAAGAAUCAUAAUCGAAGCCCUCUGGUGCAUCGCCCAUCUCUGCGCAUGCAGACGGAUAUUUGGUAUGAACCCGAUGAGUUGUACAAGGCGUGGAAGCUGCUCUUUGAGGCCGCGCCGGGGUUUGUUUCCAUGGAAACCUUCCAGUACGAUCUGGUGGAUGUGACGCGGCAGGCGCUUCAGCUCCUCACGACCGAAUUCUACAAGGAAAUACGUGACUCGUUUCAGACCCAAAAGCUUUCCGACCUCUUGACGGCAGGUGGCGUGCUCGUCUACGAUCUGUUACCUGAGUUGGACCGCCUUCUUUCCAGCAACGACCACUUCCUGUUGGGGGCGUGGCUAGAGCAGGCACAGUCCCAGGCUUUGGACCAACGCGAAGCUCAGCUGUAUGAUCUCAACGCACGAAACCAGAUUACCCUUUGGGGACCCGAAGGCAACAUCCUGGACUACGCCAGCAAAGAAUGGGGUGGUCUGGUGGAGGACUAUUAUCUACAACGCUGGAGCUUGUUUGUCAAUAUGUUAGUGGAGUGUCUUGACAGGGGAAGGCCCUUCAAGCAAGACGUCUUCAACCAGGCUGUGUUCCAGGUUGAGAAAGGCUUCGUCUUCAACCAGAGAAAAUAUCCCUCCAAACCCCUAGGGGACACCUAUGACAUUGCACACAGAAUCUUCCUGAAAUAUUACCCGUAUGCGGUGAAAAAGUUAAAGUAACGAGAAAUAUUAGGCACAGAAUGAUCCAGGAAGCAUUCCUUAAAUCAUUAUAUAUCAAAUUGAUAUACAAGGACGUAUGUCUCUGAACUUUUCUUCAACUAUAGUCAUGGUAGAGCGACAGUUUGUAGAGAAUCUUGCUGAGAAGGUCAAGUGUUAAAGCGGUCGAUAUGUUUACAGCCGCCACCUGAAUGACUGAUGUUGGAAGAAAAUAUUUUUGAUGUGAACUGCCAUGACAGGGUGUCUGUGCGAUACUUUGGAGUGUUUUUGGCAAGAAAAGUUUACGGAAGACGUUUCUGCUGUUGUUUUAGGUUGUUUUGCAUGGCACAUCAACUGUAUGUGAUUCAAUUGUGUCACCCCUAAAAACAAUUUGGGUAAAAUGUAUAUGUAGAUUCUACAUGAUGAUGAUGUAAUUUUAUAUGAUGAAUAAUUUUGUCGUUGUUAAUCAUACAACUUUUACUGUAAUGUUAUUAAUAGCUCAAAUCUAAGAGCAAUCUUAACAUGUUCAAUGUUUUGAAUUGAAUUGUGUUUUAAUUUUAGGGUAUUGAUCUUGUUUAGAGGUUUUUAGAUCUUGCAUUUUUUUAAGACCUCGUUUGCUAAAAGUGAAAAGCUAUUUUUGUAUUAUGUGAAUGUGUUGAUGCUAUUCAGGACAAUUUUAUCUGAAAAGAGUCAUCUUUUCAGAAAUAAUAUUUUAUACUAAUAAAAAAUGUAUACAGUACAUUA